AUGUCUGAAUAUACUUUACCUGGUUAUGACUGUUGGUGUGGAACUAUUAAGAAGCAUUCUCGUGGUGUAGGGACUUAUGCUAAACAUGGACUACCAAUUACCCCCUGUUCAGAAAUUAAUGAGCACUGCUUCAAAAAACAUGUAUGGUGUAAAGUUCAGUUAAAUAAUGGAAGUAACUUGUUACUAAGAGCUAUUAAUCGUAGCCCAAAUUCUGAUGAUGAUAACACUGAGUUGCUCUUUGAUCUUUUAAAUAACUGCUGUCUAACUUCAAACUGUAUUUGUAUUGUUGGAGAUUUUAAUUUUCCAACCAUCUGCUGGGAUAGUUGGACUACAUCAAGAAGUGAGAAUCAUAUAUCCUUUCAGUUUAUUGAAUGUGUUCGGGAUAAUUAUUUACAGCAAUUAUUAUCAAAACCUACCCGUUAUAGGGAUGGGCAGACUCCUAGGUUACUGGACUUGUUGUUUAUAGAUAAUGAGCAUAAUGCUGAGAAUAUUAUAUAUGGUAAUCCCAUUGGACUUAGUGAUCAUGUUUCUAUAAUGUUUGAAUUGAAGUAUUCUUAUUUCAUGAAUAAGAAUAAUGCUGUUCAUUAUAAUUUUUAUCGAGGUAGAUAUAAUGAAGCUAGAGUUAUACUUGGAAGUGUUGACUGGAGUAUUUUGGAGACCCUGGAUAUUAAUAAUGGAUGGAAUAUGUUUGAUGAGAAGAUGAAAAAUUGCAUUCAACGUGUGAUCCCAAUUUCUAAGUCUAUUGGUAGGAAAAAACCUUUAUGGAUGGAUAAUAAGGCACUGAGGGCUGUUAAAAAGAAAUACAAAUCUUGGAAAAGAUACACUUAUACUAGAAGUUACAAUGACUAUGCCACUUACUGUGGCGACAGAAAUAAGGCUUCAAGGGCAACAAGGUUUGCAAAAACUAGAUAUGAGCAAGGACUAGUGGAUUGUAUUGGAGAAAAUCCCAAAGCAUUUUGGAAGUAUGUGGGUGAAAAAAUAAAUAUUAGAUCAGAAAUACCAGAUUUAAUGGACAGUAAUGGAAUCAUGCACUCAGAUUCUGUAAAGAAAGCAAACAUCUUAAAUGAUUUCUUCAGUUCUGUGUUCAUCAAUGAACCAGAUGGAGAGCUACCCGGUGUUGAGUAUUUCUUUGAGGGUUAUACUUGCAAAUGUCAUGUGAUCUUUACGAAGGAAGAUGUACGUAAACUUUUAUCGAGCUUAGAUGUAUCCAAGUCAUCUGGACCUGAUAAUUUUCAUCCUAGAUUUCUUAAAGAGGUGGCAAAUGUCAUCUAUGAACCCUUAUUUGUUAUCUUCCGAAAAUCCGUUGGCGAAGGUACUGUUCCAAGUGCAUGGAAAGAGGCUAAUGUUACUUGUAUUUUCAAGAAGGGUAAUAGGUCGGAUCCUGGAAACUACCGACCUGUGAGUUUAACGUCUGUGAUUUGUAAACUGUUAGAAAAGCUUGUGAGAUCAGCUGUUAUGAGUCAUAUGGAAGUAAAUAACUUACUAUCUGACUGUCAGUUUGGAUUUCGAGAGAAACGUGGUACUAUUCUCCAGCUUCUAACAGUUUUGGAGGAUUGGACUUAUGCUAUGGACAGAGGUGCACAAGUUGAUGUGAUUUAUUUCGAUUUUCAAAAAGCUUUCGAUACCGUUCCCCAUAAAAGACUAAUACACAAGUUGAAAGCAUAUGGAUUUGGAGGAUCACUACUUAGAUGGAUUGAGGACUUUUUGUCAAAUAGACAUCAACGGGUGGUUAUAAAUGGUAAAUUUUCUGGUUGGUUACCUGUGGUGAGUGGCAUACCGCAAGGUAGUGUUCUGGGACCAGUUCUUUUUGUACUUUUUAUUAAUGAUCUGCCAGAUGCGGUUAAGUCAGUGUGUAAACUCUUUGCGGAUGACACUAAGUUGUACAAGUGUAUUUUUAGUCAUCUGGACCAAAUAGAACUUCAGAAUGAUAUUUUCAGUCUUUGUGAGUGGUCAAGAAAAUGGUUAUUAGAAUUUCAUGUUAAAAAGUGUAAGGUGAUGCAGUUUGCCAAGAAGGACUUUGAUGAUUAUAGUUAUAGUAUGCAUAGCAAAGAAGGUGUUGUGUUCCCUAUUGAUAUGGUUAAUGAAGAAAAGGAUCUUGGUAUUGUAUUCCAGGACAAUCUUAAAUUUAGUAAACAUAUUGCUAAAGUUGUGAAUAGUGCUAAUAGGAUGUGUGGUCUUAUCAAGCGUUGCUUUAGGCAUUUGGACCAAUCAUCAUUUACUAAAUUGUACAAGGCAUUGGUGAGGCCCCACCUUGAUUAUGGUGAUAGCGUAUGGUACCCCAUUACAAAGCAAGAUAAGAGAUCUGUGGAAAAUGUCCAAAGAAGAUUCACUCGCUGUGUAACUGGGUUGAGUGAUUUAUCGUAUGAGGGAAGGUUAUCUGCAUUGAAUCUACCUACGCUGGAUUAUAGAAGACAUAGAGGGGAUAUGAUACAAGUCUUUAAGAUCUUGCAUGGACAUUGUGAUGUUGACCCAGCUGUGUUUUUUGAGUUAUCUUCAUCUGUAACCAGAGGUCACAGGUGGAAACUUAUCAAAACACGUUGCUACAAAUCCGUUCGUCAUAACUUCUUUGCUACACGUAUUGUCAAUGAUUGGAAUGCACUACCUGAGUACAUUGUAGACAGUAACAGUAUUGAUUCGUUCAAACAAAAACUCGAUAAAUUAUGGAUAUCACGCAGAUUUGAUACAUCAUCAAUUUAUUAA